CAAAUUCCAGGGCGAAGUCGGUGUUUGCGUUGAAGCCGCUUCUCCCCGUCGAGCCGUGUUUCCCAGCGUUUCUCCGCCGUCGCUCUGAACCGUUAUGGACGACCAGGGCGUUUCGGUGAACGAGUCCAAAAGGAGAGAUCGCCAGACCGCUGUGAGGUUGGAGAAAAAGGACAGGAAGAGAAGAACCAGGACAGACAGGGAAAAGCAACAGACAGCAGUGAGGAUGUAUGUGAAAGCAAACCUGGUUGAGUUACAACAACUGGUUCAGGAGGGACAGGUCCAACCACCAGCAGGCUGCUGGGAAGAAACCCAAAAUGCCCCACUCACAUCCUGCAGUUUAAAAGGUCCGGGCCGUUACAGUUCGCAGGAUGUUGAAGCUCUGGAGAACUCGGACUCUGGCAUCGGCCUGUGCGGCUGGCUGCUGGUUGGACUCUCCCUCAUGCUGAUGCUGGUCACUCUCCCCAUCUCCAUAUGGAUGUGCAUUAAGAUAGUGAAGGAGUAUGAGCGAGCCAUUAUCUUCCGCCUUGGGCGCAUUCUGAAAGGAGGAGCCAAAGGACCAGGGUUGUUCUUCAUCUUACCGUGCACUGACAACUUCAUCAACGUCGACAUGCGAACCAUCACCUUCGACAUCCCGCCGCAAGAGGUUCUGACUAAAGACUCGGUGACGGUGAGCGUUGACGGCGUGGUGUACUACCGGGUCCAGAACGCCACCCUGGCUGUGGCCAACAUCACCAAUGCGGACGCAGCCACCCGGCUGCUGGCCCAGACCACCCUGAGGAACGUCCUGGGCACCAAGAACCUGGCGGAGAUCCUGUCCGACCGCGAGGAGAUCGCUCACAGCAUGCAGUCGACUCUGGACGACGCCACAGACGACUGGGGGAUCAAGGUGGAGCGCGUGGAGAUCAAGGACGUGAAGCUGCCGGUGCAGCUCCAGAGAGCCAUGGCGGCCGAGGCGGAGGCGAGUCGCGAGGCCAGAGCCAAGGUGAUCGCGGCGGAGGGUGAGAUGAACGCGUCGCGGGCCCUGAAGGAGGCGUCCCUGGUGAUCUCUGAGGCCCCGUCGGCUCUGCAGCUGCGCUACCUGCAGACCCUCAACACCAUCGCCGCCGAGAAGAACUCCACCAUCAUCUUCCCGCUGCCGAUGGACAUGAUGCAGAGCCUGAUGAAACGCUGAGGAAGAACGCCGCCCUCACACACACACACACACACACACUCCCAGUCGGUCCUGGCGUUGUGACAUGACUGUUUCCCCAGAUUCGCUGUCUGAUCUCUCCUGCCAACAUCAUCAGUAACUCUCUGAAGAAUCUGAAUUAAUGCGAGUAACAACAACAUUUAAUGUCCCUUUGGGAUCAAUAAAAUGUUUUUGAAUUUGGAUUUCCAAAGCCGCCAUGACAGUGGCGUUGGCUGCGGGUCACACAACUAUUAAAUCCAGUAUUUUAACUUUAGCAGGUCAAAACCAGAGUUCCCAGUAGAGAAAGUGCCACGUUAACUGGUGUUGAAAAACAAACUUUUGAUUCGUCGCUUUCAGUGCCUUGCCAAACUGUUCACUCCUCCUCUUCCUCAUCUGUUCCUCGCAUCCACAAACCCUUUGUUACGAUUUCAUUAAACACUGUAAAAACACAAAAUGUUACCAAGUAUUUUUGAUUUAGUUUCUACAGUAAAUGUAGGACAAAACCAACUUUCAAGUAACUUUUAAGCAAGAAAUGGGAGUUUGUUUUAAGUAAACAAUUUCUCAAUAUUGAUAAAAAUUUGUCCAAUUCCAUUAGCAGAUUAUUUUACUUACAAGAUUUUAUUCUUGUAAGAGAGCCAAGGUGAGGUAGAACUGGUAGAACUUCUACUUCUACCAGUGGAAGUAGAAGUUUUUAAUCAAUAUUGAGGAAUUAUUGACUUAGAACAAGCUCAUAUUUCUGACUAAUUUGUAAGUUAGUUUUGUCUUAUUUCAAGAGUAUUUGAAAUAGAACCUAAAAUACUUGGUCUGAUUUUGAGUUUUUGCAGUGUACGCUGGCGUUUAAUCAUGAAGCGGAAGACAACUGGAAGGUCUGAAAAGUGUGGCAUGCAUCUUUCUUCACCCUCACCCAGGGUUGUCUAGCUUCAUCCAGUAACUGAACAUCUGUAGAAAAUGACCCCACAGCAUGAUGCUGCCACCGCCGUCUGUUUACAGAUCACUUCAGAAGCCAACUGACUCCUGGAGGACGUAACGAACGGAUUUGGAAAAUGGAUUCAAUUUAGGGGAGAAUACAGAUGAAUGCCACACUUUUCAGAUCUUUCGCCCUUCCUGUGUAAUAGUUUAAGUAUAAAUAAACAACAUGGAGGAUGGGCAGCAGUUCUCCAUGUUGAACUGCAUUUAUAUUCCAUAAAUUAGCUAAUUAUUAUCCAUUUAUACAAUGAAACGUUUCCAGUAUGCAGGCUGGAUUCGGACGCUUGUUCAUAGAUACUAAGAGCUUUCGAUCAACCCAGAGUACCUGAAGUAUUUAUACUCGCUGAUAGAUUAAACCCAGAGUAUAACAGUUCAUACAUCAGUGGUGCCUUUCAUUUGAUCUAACCUUCAGUUUUCUUACUUUUUACAAAAUCAGGGGCUACAAACCUUUCAGCCAGAAGCCUUAAGUCACUGCCGACCUCUCACCUGUUUUUUAUUCUCCUUCUGUCUGCUGGGGAGAAUUUAUUUAUAUUUUUAACAAACCAAGCACCCGUUUACCUUUCAUAUUAACCUGUGACGUAUAACAUGCAUCCCUGUUUGCUCGACUGUUUGUGGUUUAUGCAUCCCGUAGGUUUAGCUCUUAUUUAAUACACAGAUCAGCCAUUACAUUAUGACCGCCUUCCUGAAGUAGCAGCCUCCGUUUUUCACCAGGAUGCUUUAGUGGAUUGACAAAACAUCGAUCUGAACUGAAGUGGUUUUCCUUUCAUUUGGUGUGAAUCCUGGGGGGAGUUGGGCCACGCCCACCAAAUGUUGGUGGAUUAGAAUCGAUCAUAGCAAGUUUGGUGCCAAACAUGACAACGGCGUCAUGUCUGACUUCGCCUUCCUGCCAUGGCAACGCCCUCCAGCAAAAACUAUUAGAACUUUAAAUCCAGCGAGAGCAAUUUUUAAUCUGUCCUCUGACACAAGAUCAUGUUGAGUAAACCAAGAGGGUCAGAGAUUAAGCUUUUCCAGAAAAACAGUGGCUUCCUGUUGUGAGGGGGCGGGACUUAGAUGAUGGAGCUUUUGGCCACAUCGGAUUUUUGGGCAACUGAGACGGAUCUUUCUUACAACUUCGGUGUAAUGGAGUCUGUGUGAAAGUUCAGUAUGUUUGGCGAGAAGACCAACUUUGAGGCUUGGCUGUGCCCCUCUGACGCUCACAAAAAACCAAACUAUUGAUAACUUUAAUCCCCAAAACCUUCAGAACAAAUUGACCAAGUUGGAAGCCAAUACCUCCAAAUCCCUAGGAGGUCAUUCAAGUUUAUCAUGUUUUAGCAUGGAAAGUUAGAAAUGACCCUUUGAUCCAAAAUGUCCAACUUCCUGUUUGAUUUAGGGCAUUUUGGAUGGUUCUACCAAGUCUCAUCUCUCUGUGGUUUUUACCAGUUGGCCAAUCUAAGGUUAGUGAGCACCAUAGAGUCGUUUGGCCACGCCCAUUUUAAAUCAUUUUAAAUUCCAUUAAAGUACUGCAAUUUCAGUCAGCAACAAAUUUGGGUGACAUUUAAGAUUUCUUAAAUAUUUAGACCUUUAAAUGAGCUCUUCUUUUGUGUCAUAAUAAGAAAAAUGAAUUACAUCAGGUCUUCCCAGCACUUUCAAAAAUGUAGUUUUUUUCACUUUCAACUGUCACUGGUCAUAAUGUUCUGCCUGAUCAGUGUGCUGUUGUAGCACUGUGAAAAGUAUCUGUUACGUUUUACUGCUGCAUGUUGUUACUGUUGACAACUGGAUGAUUGUUUCUUUUUCACUGAGUCAAGAAGAAGGAAAGCCUUCAACCUGAGCUCUUCUGCUCCCUGCUGGUCAACCUCCGCACUGUUUUCUGUGAUUGUCGACUUUCAGUUUAUAUUUUUAGGCUUGUGUAUCAGAAUUUACAUGUUUACUGUUUUUAAAAAAUACAUAAAUUAAAAGGAUUUGCCAAAAAGACUUUAUACAAUACCAGAUUUGAAGUUGUGUUCCAGGUUUAUGUUUGCAUUUUAUUUUUUUACCUUCAUGUUUGCUAUAAUUUUAAAUAUAAAACAUAUACAUGACUACUUUAAAUAAAGAUGUGAUCAACAGA